AUGUCUGGUACGGUCAGCGUUGAGGUCCAAGAUUCCAAACCGCCAGAUCAAGUCAUCAAAGGAGAAGGGUCUUUUGAUCGAGAAAAAGAAAGUCAACACGGUCAAGACGAUGGACCUAAAUCAAAUGCUGGGUUACAAGAGUUGACUUUACCCAGUGUGGGCAAGAAGAAAGAAGAUGGACGAAAUAAAUCAACGUUGAGUAACACGAAGUCUGAAAAGGGGAAUGACUCGGAAAAGUCUCUGAAACCCGAGGAAAAAAUUGGAUCUAAACUGUCCUUAAAGCUGAGUAACAAUGCAUCUGAAAAGAGUAACAACAUAUUAAAACCCAACGGCAACCAAACAGUGCUUGAUGUAGGUAUAGAUAAAGGGAAUGGAGACUCAAACACCGGUGACACCCAAAUGAGAGAGGAUAAGAAACAAAUUAAGAAGGACAAGGAGCAAAUUAGUGCAAAAAUUCGCCCGCCUCAACCAGAGCGAAACUACCGUCAGUAUCUUCCAGAGAGCGAGGAAGACAUUUAUAAGUAUGAUGGAGACAUAACAAUCUGUCCGAUUUGCAAAAAGGAGUUUUCCAUACCAAAGUAUCUUCCAUGUUUGCAUACGUUUUGUGAAAGUUGCAUUGGGGAUUACUUCCGGAAAAGUCAAGGAAAUGCAAAAUCGUUUCGUAUCCGCUGCCCAGUUUGUAAAGAAUUUCAACCUGGAAGAAGAUCAACUGUUCCUCCUAAAGAAGUCGCUCAUUUACUGCCGACCAAUCACUUUAUUUUGAAUAUUGUCGCUAGAAGGAAUAUAAAGAAGUGCAUUCCCUGCGCAAAAGAUGGAAAAACGACAACAUCAGAAUUCUGGUGUUAUUUUUGCACGGAGUCCCUCUGUAAUGAUCAUGCUGCCUACCACAACAACCUGACCUCACGUGAUGUUCACCGAGUUAGAAGCAUCAAGGACGUUUCCAACGACGUCGAUUCAGCGUACUCGCCAGGAUUCUGUGAAGUUCACUCUCUUCAGAAACUUAAGUUUUACUGUGAGGACCAUGAUGUCGCGGUUUGUGACACAUGCAGGAAAAACUAUCAUCGUGAAUGUCCGGGUUUGGUCACUGCCGAUUCUGAAGCAGAGGAACUUCGAAAGAGCGAAUACGCACAAGAAUUAAAAGAUAAACUGCAAGAUUUGGAAAAGAAAUCUGUGGACAUGCUAGACAAACUAGGCGAAAAUCUAUCCGAUCUGUUAAGUUAUCGCAAAAACGAUGAGGAUGCUAUCACAGCCUUGAGGAUGAGAGUUUCAAACCAUUUCAAUAAUUUGGAAAAGAAACUAAUGGAUGAGUUGACUCUGAAACAGAAAGAGAAAGAGUUCGAAAUUCAAACUGAGAUCGGAAUCUUUGAGAAGAAGAGAGAAACGCUUUUAUUUUACCAGAGUCUGCUUGAGCUAUUACUGAACGAAGGAAUAGGGGUGCAAUUAUUUAUUGAGCUGCCAGGUAUAGGACAGCAGUCUAACAUUUUAGCAGAGAAAAUGCACCACAGAACAUUAAUCAUGCAAAAUAGUUCAAUUCACGUUGAAUUUAAUGACAUCAUCGUUCAACUGGAUUCCAUGGGGAGCGUUGUCGAAAUGCACACCAAGAUCAAACCAGAAGUUCCGUACGUACCAGGCUCUGGUAGUUGGAGAAAACUGGAACUACAAUCUCCUCAGCCAACACCUAGGUCGGAAGCUCUUCACAUGAAGUUAAAACAAGGAUUUCUUGUCAUUAGGUUUCAGAGUAGCACAAUCACCGGUGCCACAGUAAUCGAAGGGCGCUUGGUCUUGGCUGACUAUAUCAGCCGCGAAAUUCGGGCCUACUAUGACAAUGGAAAUCGUGAUAACUCGCUCAAUAUUCACCAUUUACAAGGGAAUCCUUGGGAUCUUGUAGAAGUUCCUACUGACCGAGAUGGCUACUCUCUGGUAAUAACCUUUCCACAACAGCGAAAGAUAGUGCUCCUUCAGUGGGACAAUGCUGUAGUUUUUCAACAGCUCCACUUGACGAAGCAUGAAUGUUAUGGCAUCACCAACGUUGGAAACAUUGUCAUUGUGGCUUGCUUAAAACAUUUGGAGAUUUGGAUAGUUGAAGACGAUCUAACAAUGAAAAGAAAAUCAAUACUUCAUGUGACUGGAGAGAAAGUUCAAACCGUUCAUCCAGCGGAUCAAAACCGGAUAUAUUACUCCGAUUCCUGCAACAACGGUUCAUUUUAUUGCAUUACCAAUGCUGGGGCAAUCGUGUUCCAGUACGACCAUCCGGAGUUGACGUUUCCGAGGGGCAUUGCCACCGACAGGGAUGGCAAUAUUUAUGUCGCUGGGUACAAAUCUAACAACAUCCAUAAACUCUCUCCUGAGGGAGAACUCAAACAGCUGAUUGUACCACAUGUGCAGCUGUUUUAUCGUCCUCGAGUGCUGGUUGAAAACGUAGGGUCCAUAUUCGUUGUUUAUGGAAAGCAUAAAGUUUUGGAGUUAUCAUAGUGAAUUAUAUAUAAA